CGCAGCACACAAAGCAAACCUCUUGUACAUACCCAAUUUCAGUGUGUUAGACAAAGGCAAAGUUCAUUGCAGCAAAACGAGAUUUCUUCGUUAAGCAGAAUAUUCCAAAAUAAAAAUUAAACAGAAAAAUUCAUUAGAAAUGCACGCAAGAUUCGCGGAUCCUGAGCCCGCCUCACCGGACAGUGUGGACAAAAUCGAGACGGAAACGUUGGAGUCACGCAUUGAGGACUUCAAACAGAAUCCCAACAACAUGACCGUCCUGCACGAGUUCAUCGAUGAGGUAGUCCAGCAUGCUGAAACCGAGGCCAAUAAACGUGCGCUUGAGGCACAAAAAUCGCAACAGGGCAAGGAGAAACGACAGAGUUUCGCCAUACCAGAUUUUAAGAACGGUAAGGUUGUCAAUCGGGCCCGUGGCUUUGUGGUCCGCAUCUUCGAUGCCAUCUGCAACUGUGCCAACAACAAUGCAGCUGCAGCCACGACGCGUUUCAAGUUGCGCAGCAAUGGCACCGGAGGAGGCGGUGGAGCUGGUGGUGGUAAACGUCAGCAAUCCCAGGAUGAGCAGGAAACGUUGGCGCUCAGCAAGAAGAAACCAUCGGCGGAGGGCAAGAAGAAAGCCAAAGGCGUCACCAUGGCCGACAAUGUCGAGGCAGGCGUCCGACUGAUGGACUAAGGAGAGAGAAGAACUUCCCACACACACUCUCCAAAUGUGAAGCUCAGCAAAGGAGUCGUUACAUAAUCAAAUCAUUAAUCUUUAAGAAGCAUGCAAAACAUUUAAUAUCCUGGCAGAGUGAAGACUACUUAUAAUGAUUCAUAUUUGACUUGUUCUAACUGUCGAAAGUUUUUAGAGACGCAACAUCUAAAUAUCUUUUAUUUUUAAUUUCAAUUUAUUAUAUAUAUAUGACUAUAGGUAUAGAAAAUUACCCCCUAAUUCAGCUAAUUUUUAUACAAAUUUGUUUUUGAACCAAGCUUUAUCAAAACCUUUAAAAUGAGAAUAUAGUAACAGAAAGUCAGAAGGAAAAACGAUCGUAUAUCAACGUCUUCAUAUUUCUGAUCGCUCUGCUAGGAUAUGAAAAGUUCCAGGCAUUCUUUUAGCUAUAGAAAAGCAAAUGAAUGAAAACUUCGGUUGAUAAAUUUAUAUGCUGCCAGCUUCAAAAACUUAUUGAAGAUACAAAAA